GCCCAUUCGCUUAUGUCAUUGAUGCUCGCUCUCUUCCAUGUCUUACCUAGUCGCGGCUCUCGGGAACCGGUUCACGCACGCGAGCGCUUUUUUUUACACCUGUUUCUUGGUCUUUGAUUUCCUUUUGUUCUGUCAUGCUGAUCUGAUUGAUGCCUCGGAUAACGAAUUCAUGUUGAUGUUGAUGGUUGACGCCGACUCGGAAGCAUGGGGAAGCACGUAUUUUGCACAUGUAUAUAGAGUACGCGCGACGAGGGAUGGGGGAGGGGAGGAAGAAGAAAGGAAAGCUCGAACGAAAAGCAUUGGCGGCGGCGGCGGCGCGCUUUCUUGGAUGUAUAUACCCUGUAUUUAUUAGACGGACUGCUCUGCACUGCACUUCACUGUGCU